AUGUAUGUAUUCCAGUGGAUAGCGUCGAUGGAGAAAAAAAUUGCGGAUAUGCCUCUGUCCACUCUCAAGGCAAAGCAAGCAGAGAUUGAAACCACGCUGGUGAAAAUCAUCACUGCUCCCAGCCCUUUCCCACUCCCAGGCCGUGCCAUCAGGAAUGUUGUAGCACGAUGUCUCGUCUCUUUGUACGCACGGUCAGAGACGCGGACGCUGUUCGACACCAUUCAGGCAUUCCUCAAGAUUGUCGGCGACUCAAAGACGGCGGAUAGGGAUCAUCGUCGGAUGUGCUCUCCAUUACUGCGCUACCAUGCUAUCGUGGCACUCCGGAAAUCUCUCUUCUCUGCGAAAAGAGCUGUUACAGAUAGCACAGUUAAGGACAUCAUAAAGCAGAUGAGGUCCGCCUUGGUUGAUAAAUGUUAUCCCGUUCAGAGGGCAUCUGCCGAGGUGCUCAUUGUGAUGUAUUCCGGCGACAACCACCCUUCCAUAGGCGACAUUGACACUAUCAUUGCUCUCAGUGUCCGAAAUCUGGAGCAUGCGGAUCAUGCUACCCGGCACUCUCUUUCCCAGUUGGUCGGGCACCUGUUGGCUUCUACCCAGACGCCAAGGGUUGUCCCAAGCUCUGAACCCCCCGUGAAGAAAAGCGGAGCCGAACUCUUGGAUGUCGAUUCCACAACAGCGGGUCAUGCUGCUGCGUCUGAAGUAACGAAACCCCUUCUCACCCCGACGGAAAUGCUAUCGCACUUGUCGAUGCAAUAUAACAAGCCGAACCUGUCUCGCAAGUGCCGCAUAGGAUUGUUCGAUUUUUACGCAGCACUUAUUAUAAAGCUUGGGGGCGCCUUCGCUGAGACCAACUAUUCCUUGAUCGUUUCCCAUCUCAUGACGGAAAUUGUCUCGAGCCCACGGAGUGGAAGCAGCCGCUAUGAAGUCUUACUAGUUCGCCGAUUAGUCGAGAUAUUGUUGAGAGAUUUAAUCGGAGUCCGCAUGUUGAGCGAACAGGGACAGAUAGGUGCUAUCCAGGAGCUAGCUAGUUCUUACCUGAAGCGGUGGCCUGCCUUGAUGCCGGGUCAGACAGCGCCUUCGUCUGUUGUUCUAGCGAUUAUCUUGCAAGAGGUGGCUGGAUUAUUGCAGCAACUUGGGAACGCCCCGCCUCCAGUACAGGAUGUUGUAGCAGAGCCUUUGGUGACAUUACUUGCCCACCCGAGCUACACUAUCAGAGUGAAUGCUUCGUGGACUCUUCGGUGCUUCUGUUCAUCGACGCCCCUACGAUUGCCGAAGACCAUCAUCACUGUCUUUGAACUAUUGCAAAGAGAUAUGACCACCAUUCUAUCCCCGGCAGCUCCUUCUGACAUCAAUCCGCGAUCACUUGGACACGCAUACGGUCUAUCGGCACUCGUGUCAAUUAUACCUGAGCGUCCGUUGUACGUUUCUUACGAUGUUAGCGCCAAGGUCCUAGACAUGGCUAUUCAAUUGCUCAAGCAUUCAGCAGAGCAUGAUGUAAAGAUUGCAGGCAUCGAGGUGGAAGUUGCAUGGACUUUAAUAGCAUCUUUGAUGUCCCUUGGACCCAACUUUGUCCGAGCACACCUUCAGCAAUUGCUAGUCCUCUGGCGGAACGCACUCCCCAAGCCAACCAGUAAGGAUGUUGUUGACAAUGCCACACGACCCCUGGAGGAGUGGAUGUUUCUAUUUCAUUUACGAGAAAGCGCCAUCGGUGCCAUUCUGUCGUUCUUAAAACACAACUCCUCGACUCUUGUCACCUUAGAUGUCGGACGUAGGGUUGCGAUGGUCCUAAGCAACGCCCUGUUGUUUGCGAAUAAUUUCAUAAAUCAGAAAGUCGACGAUGGGACCGAUACUCAAAUUCCUAGCCCUCAACCCAAGGGUCUGACACUAAAAGGAAGGGAGGCUUUGCUGCGACGGCGUGUAUACGAAUGUUUCACCGCCUUAGGCUUCUCAAACAUUCCAGACUCCACACAAACAACUCUCCUCCAAUCUGCUGUCGCGCUCUUCGCAAGUGCUGACGGAUAUGCAGGAUCCUCUGUUCAGGCUGCUAUAGCGUCAUCUUCAGGUACCUUCACUUCGGUCUGGAACAGUGUGGAUGGAUAUGCGUAUGGUGUGACAUUCACCGAGAUAGUAGACCAUGGCGACCUUGGCGCCCAUAGUGAUUCCACAACCGAAAGAAAGGAUCAGUUGAAUCGAGAUUCUAUCGAAGCAUCGAUCGACUCCUUGCUUCGCAAACCGAUCUUUGGCGCUCGCGAACACGACAAAUUGACAUUAUCCCGUAUGCGAGUAGAAGGCGAAGCUGAACAAGAACCGCCACCUCCAGCCACAGCAAUUGUGGAUGCAGCCAUUGACCUCUUUGCUCGAUUGUUACCGUUGCAGGACACAACAUCAACUGUGAGGACUAUCACACAGCUACUUGAGGCAGUCCGUUCUCCCAGGCUGGAGAAAAACACAGGUCGUAAAGCCGCUGCCACAAUCAAUGCGACGAUUGCUUUAGCGCUUACUCUACGGAACGCAACAACGUCUCACUACCGUCAGGCUCGAGAUACUUUUGGUAGUAGCCAAGUGACAACCCUGUUGUCUCCAUUUCUGAAGGAUACUCUAGUAGAUGGGGAUCAUGUUCUGCGCUCAGCCACAAGUGAAUGCAUUGGUCGUUUGGCAAGCUUGGGAGGUAUCAACUUCCUCACGAAUCAGAUAAAGCAGCUAGUGGAUCAGAUCGUUAGCAACCGAGACCCUUACGCUCGUGCCGGCUGCGCUCUUACUUUCGGCGCUGUAUACACUCAUGUAGGAGGCCUCGCUGCUGGUCCGCUCCUGAAGACGACCGUGAACGUUCUCAUGUCUCUCAGCAACGAUCCUCAUCCUUUGGUUCACUUCUGGGCACUGAACGCGCUGGCCCGAGUUAUAAAUGCUGCAAGUUUGGCAUAUGCACCGUUCGUGUCAAGCACUCUGGGUAUGCUUCUUAAAAUUUAUCUGAUGGAUUCCCAUGAGUGUGAAGGUGGUUCACUCUCUAAUGCCAACCUCAGCGUGGUCUGUCAGAUCAUUGAUGCUGUCAUCACCGAAUCUUCAAAAACCAGGAGCCUGGUUCUUAACCUGGUACAUGAAUACUCUUUGGAAGUGGACGAGGGCAUUCGAGUUGAAGCUAUAAAAUGCUUCCAACAUUUCCUAAUGUUCGCGCCCGAACAUGUUGAUAUACCCGAUUUGGUCAAUCAUUUCCGUGGCUACCUAUCCUCUACAUGUCGGCCGUUGAAGGUCGCAUCGAUUAAUGCACUAUAUCAACUCGUGCAGAAGGAUGCUCUCGCUAUGUCUAAAAUAGGUGGAGACCAGCUGGUGGAGAAUCUCUUUAGCAUGCUUGAUGACGAUGCAUCUGUCGAAGGCGUUCGAAGUGUCAUAACCAGCUGGCUUCAUCAAACGGUCGUCUAUAAUCCGUCUGCAUGGAUUGAUUUAUGCCAGCGGAUAAUGUCUCGGACAACGGCGUCACAGCAGGUGGCUGAUGCUGCGACCCGACACAAUAUGCGAGACGAUGAGGGUGAAUCUUUGAGUGUGGGUAUAAUGCAAGAUGGGAGCGACAGCGUACGCGCACAUCUUACGUCGCGUUGGAGGACACAAUUGUUUGCUCUUCAAUGCUUGCACCAGAUCUGUUCCAUCGUGGCCAAAAGUGGGAGGAAAGAACACGUGGAUAUUACGUUUGCUCGCACUCAGGGAAUACCGACCUCUGGUCUCCUGAUCUCUCGGGUAGCAGAUUUAAUCAAAAUGGCCUUCACUGCAUCCACGGCGUAUGUUACUGAAAUACGGAUGGAAGGACUCGUUGUCCUGCGUGAUGUUAUUCAGAUAUUCGCGACAUCUCCCGACCCUGCAUUUGAGGACUCCCUUCUUUUGGAGCAACACCAAGCACCUAUUACUGCUGCACUGACUCCGGCAUUUUCCGCAGAUUCGACACCAGAAAUUCUAGCCUCUGCAGUUCAGGCUUGUGCAGUGUUCGUUGGAUGUGGUGUAGUGAAAGAUGUUAACCGAAUGGGCCGCAUACUCAAGUUGCUUACGACUGCUCUCGAACAGUCAAAAGAUUCGGGAAUGGUGAAGCUUGGGGAGACUGCAGAACUCAGUCCCAAUGCGUCUGCUAUGCUAAGAAUAUCGACGGUAUCCGCGUGGGCUGAGCUUGAAAUCUCUAGUACUAGGCAGUCCUACCUCAAGAACGUUGUAGAUCCUUACCGAACGUCCCUUGCGACGUUGUGGGUGGUCUCUCUUCGAGAUUAUGCUAGCAUCAGGAUCGAUUCAGAGUUUCUUCAUGAUACUUCUUCAGUCGCGUUGGAUUCCACUUAUUCAAGUCUGGGGAAGGAGGUACUGUUACCGUACUAUGCACAAUCUUGGUCCCUCAUACUUCAGGCUGUCGCUACUGCAAUGCAGGCCAACGACCCGCAUAUUCUUGCUGCUAUGCAUGGCCGUGAAGGUGGUGAUGUUGGAAUUGCCACCACAAAUGGCAACGGUCAUGAAGAACCCUCCGCUUUGUUCUUCGUCGUGUUCGGAUUGGCGUAUGAGGCGCUCGUAUCAUCUGCUGAUUCUAAUUCAAUGAGUUCUACUCAACAAUCCGCAGUGCUGAGCGCACUGAUGGCUCUGAAGUGCCUCGUUCUACCGCAGUACGCUGGGAAGGCCAUAAUGGAUCCAACAAUCUUCGAUGAAUUCAUUGCUGUCUGUUAUCGCAUGGCUAUGACUGAGACAGCAUCUAUACAAACGCAUCUCAUUGAAGUACUCUCCGUCUUCGCCCUCUCGCAAGAAGGCUUAACCGACAGCUCACUUGAUAUACUCUCUGCAAACUCUCCGAAAGCACACUGUUUGAGAACGUGUGCUUAUAUACUUAGGCAUACAACAUCUGCUUCCCAGGGCCCUAUCAUCCAAGGGGAUAUUGUGAAUCGCAUAAAGAUGAUAACGGCCUGUUUCUCCGCCUUUGGAAACAUCGCGGCAUCCCUAAAUACAUCUCAGCGAGAAGAUAUACGUGGUGUAGCCAUCCUCCUUUAUAGUGAAAUGCUCAAGGACGAAUCGUCUGAAAUCGACCUUGUUGGUCCCACCCUCCCCUGUCUUAAGGCGUUGCUGGAUCUUCCUACCUUGACGGCGCGGGACUCGAGGGAUCGAUAUAGUCGUCUGGUGCAUGGCCUCAUAUCGGCUUGUUUGCUUAACAUAGAUGGUAUGAGAGGACGGCAAGGGUUCAUAUCCACCAAGAAAGUCAAGAACAACCUGUUAGCGGCUGUACUUAUAUUAACCGUGAUACCACCGACUAUCAAAGUAGGGCGAGCAGUUCUGGAACAUGGUUGUUUCCUGAUUUCCCAGAAGCUACUUGAUGCUGACGAGGCGUCUUUGACUGCUGCUCAUUGCGCUAAGACACUAAUGAUCGCCUCCACCUCGGGUAACCCUGUUCUUCGCCAGUGCGCAAAACUUUUGGUUCCUAGUCUGAUAGAGUAUAUUGCCAAAAUGGCGCCUCUCGUAAAUGACGGAUCAAUAACGGAAUCCCAUGCUGCAGCUAUCGGCGAAGUUUGGAAAGCUUUUUCGUCCUUCUUCGCCUCUGUUGCAGAAGAGCAUCGCUCGCGAUUAUUGGGUGUUAUACUGCCUACAAUCACUCUCCUCCUCACGAACACACAAACACCACCUUCGCCAAUCGUUACACAAAGCGUUGCACAACUACUGUCGUAUGCAACAUCCUCUCCUGUGGCCUUCAAGGACGCGGCAGGGAAGUUGGAACCGUCAUCUCGAGAACUAUUAGAACAAUCAGUGCGCCGGGCAAUCGGUGGCAGCGCCACAUCCACAAUCGGAGGUAAUGCUGCGAAGCCCCAAAUAUCGUUACGAUCUUUCUAA